AAAAAAGUGUGAGAAAAACUCGAAAUCGGGAAACUUUCUAAAAUAUCGAAUAUUCCUAACAAUUUUGGCCUUUUUCGUGGGUGAUAAGAGCAAUUUCAAGUCGUUAGCCAACUCCUGCCGUCGUUAUCGUUGGAAAAGUAGGCCUUCUCAACCGUAAAAACCGUGGAAAACUCCAGCUCUUCGUCUACACAAAGAAAUCGGAGCAAACAAACUCGUUUCUCGGGCGGAAAAUGGGUAAAGUGUUUCUCGAUCACAUCGGCGGCCAAAAGCUGUACAACUGUGCCGCUUGUGAAACAAACUUGACCAACAAGCGAGAGCUGAUCAGCACCAGAUUUACAGGAGCCACAGGUCGGGCCUACCUUUUCAAACGGGUGGUCAAUCUGACCUACUCGCAGGUGCAGGAUCGUGUGAUGCUCACGGGUCGCCACAUGGUCAGGGACGUGAUGUGCAAAAACUGCAAAGCCAAACUAGGCUGGAUGUAUGAGUAUGCGACGGAGGAAACGCAAAAAUAUAAGGAAGGCAGGGUCAUCCUGGAGCACGCCCUUAUCACCGAAUCCGAGGGAUUUCCGGAUGCCUGAUAUCACGCCUCGCUUCGAGUUUAAUAGCACCUAAGAAAUUAUCAUAAGUCAUGAUCCCUUUUUUCAAAUCAACCUUUUAUUAUUCCCUACAUACGCAUAUUCACUACACUGGCCAAUAAAGCGGUUCGGCGAGCUCACUUGACACCCAA